AAUUUUCUGGGUUUGGACUUUAAAGGGGGUAACAAGAAUAAGAAUCAGACAAUAAAUCUGUCCAAUUCUUUUACCUCCAUCAAAUUUUCUCAGUAGCCUUACCUACCUUCUUUCUUUACCAUAGUCUGGUGAAACUUGAAAGUGUGACCGCGCUUUGUUUAUAUAAACUCCACUUUCUUUCAUAUUAUUAUUUCCCCCGAAAAUCACAACCAAAAUAAUUGGUACGACUUUUUAAUUUUUCCAUUCAAAACUAGCGAUUUCAUUUUCUGAAAAGAACAAUUCUUUUUCGUCAACGAUCUCUCUCCUACCCCGGUUAUUAACUCACAUUUCUUUCUCGAUUUCAUCGAAUAUUCAAGUUGUUCCCCAUAAUUUUCAAUGGCUUCUUUGGUGUUCCAACAAACUAUAGGCAGCUUACAAACUGCUGGUCCUAGCUGUAGUUCUGGCUGCCACCAUGAUUCUCGCACUGCAUCGGUUAAGUUACUAUCAAAGGUAAACAAAGUGAGUCUUGGAUACUUAACUACUGAUAGCUUCAGUUCCGUUCAGAAACGUUCAGGUGUAAUUCACGCUUCAAAAUCUCAAGUCUCGGUUGUCGACACAGUUUCGUCGCCAUCUGGUAACAUUGCCAGUGACACACCCAAGAAAGCAAAUGAGGCAGCUCUUAUCCUGAUUAGACAUGGUGAAUCUUUGUGGAAUGAGAAAAACCUUUUCACUGGUUGUGUUGAUGUGCCAUUGACAUCAAAGGGUGUUGAGGAGGCAAUUGAAGCUGGUAAGAGGAUCAGCAAUAUACCAGUCGACAUGAUUUAUACAUCUGCGCUGAUUCGUGCUCAGAUGACAGCCAUGCUUGCCAUGACACAGCAUCGACGCAGGAAGGUGCCCAUAAUUAUGCAUAAUGAGAGUGAACAAGCUAAGUUGUGGAGUGAGAUAUAUAGUGAGGAGACCGUAAAGCAGUCAAUUCCUGUUGUUACAGCAUGGCAAUUGAAUGAAAGAAUGUACGGGGAACUUCAAGGACUCAAUAAGCAGGAAACUGCCCUUAAAUAUGGGAAAGACAAAGUUCAUGAGUGGCGUCGUAGUUACGACAUACCUCCACCGAACGGAGAGAGUUUAGAAAUGUGUGCUGAAAGAGCAGUCGCUUAUUUUAGAGAACAUAUAGAACCCCAAUUACAAUCUGGGAAAAAUAUAAUGAUUGCCGCACAUGGAAAUUCACUAAGAUCUAUUAUCAUGUACCUUGACGCGCUAACAUCCCAAGAGGUUAUUAGCCUUGAACUAUCAACUGGGAUACCACUGCUUUACAUUUUCAAAGAAGGGAAGUUCAUGAGAAGGGGAAGCCCCGUAGGACCAACUGAGGCAGGCGUCUAUGCAUACACAAGGAGAUUAGCUGUUUACAGACAGAAGUUGGACGAAAUGCUUCAUUAAAAGAUGUAUUAUUUUUUAGGCAAAGUAUCCCACGCAAUCACAGUUCACACGACUGGAUGGAGCCGAAGAUACGUUGAAAGUGGGUUAAAAAGAAUUGGAUAUAAUGACAACAACUGAGACUGAGCUGUUGGUUUUUCUAGCUGGUUCUUAAUUUUGUUUAGGCUACACAAAUUUAUAUGCCCUGUGGUGCUUAUGAUGGUUUGUAAUGGAACUGAAAACAUAAAUAUUGUAAUGGUAGAAUUUUAGAGAUGAUUUGACGACCAUUGAUGCUUCAAUCUCAAGCUAGCAGCUUGCUUUCUUGUGUUUU